AUGAAGCUCCUUCUCCUGGUUUUGACUGUUUCCCUAGUCCUGGCCCAGGUCACCUCAGUCAUGAAGUGUUGGCGUAAGCAGGGCAGGUGCAGAACAACGUGUAAAAAUGGUGAAGUAUUCCACAUAUUAUGCAACGUUGAGACUAAGUGCUGUGUGGAGCAAAAGUAUGUGCCUUUCAGACUUGAAGCCUCAAACACAACUUGAAGCCCGGGGUGAACUUCUGCAGACUUGAUGACUGUCUCCCAACCCUGAGUCCCAACACCAUUUGAUGCCACAGUUCUA